AUGGCUGCUGCUGCCACCGUGCCCGCCAUGGCCGCCCAGAUGCCCACCCAGGAACAGACUACCCAGACCACCUCCCAGCAGGAUGUGCGCCCUGACCUGCCGCGCCCUUACAAGUGUCCUCUGUGCGACAAGGCCUUCCAUCGCCUCGAGCACCAGACUCGUCAUAUCCGCACUCACACUGGCGAGAAGCCGCACGCCUGCCAGUUCCCGGGCUGCACAAAGCGCUUCAGCCGUUCCGAUGAGCUGACUCGUCACUCGCGCAUCCACAACAACCCCAACUCGAGACGUGGCAACAAGCAACAUGCCGCUGCCGCCGCUGCAGCUGCCGCCGCCGCCGCCGCCGCUCAGGCCGGAAUCAUGGACCAGGCUCAGCACCAGGUCAUGCAGCAGAUGAACCACAUGAUGCCUCCUCCGCCCAAGAUGAACAGCCUGGUUCACUCGGCGCCCUCUUCUCAGCUCUCAUCGCCCAACGUUUCUCCUCCCCACUCUUACGCCAGCGCCUACACAAGUAACCCUGGCUCCUACCUGACGCGCAACGUGAGCGGCGAUCUCAGCCCUGCUGGCCUGAACCAUCCCAUGGACAUCAACCUUCUGGCCACCGCUGCCUCGCAAGUCGAGCGCGAAAACUCGCUUCCCUCGCACCACAUGGGUCUUGCCAGCAGACACACAUACGGCACCCACCCUUACAGCCACCACCCUUACUCGACCGGCCGCCUUCCUUCUCUUUCGGCAUAUCACUACAGCUCCAACCCCACUUCUCAGCCAAUGUCGCGUUCGCACUCGCACGAGGAUGACGACCCUUACUCCCACCGCAUGACCAAGAAGUCGCGUCCUGGCUCUCCUCAGUCGACCGCGCCACCGUCGCCUUCAUUCUCUCACGAAUCCACCUCGCCAACUCCCGACCACACACCUUUGGCCACUCCUUCUCAUUCUCCUCGGCUUCGUCCGCAGUACUUCCAUAACGGUGUGCAACUCCCCACGCUUCACCACCUCUCCCUCCAGCACCAACCACCGCCAGCCCUUGCCCCUGUUGAGCCGUCCGCUGACGGUCAACAGCCGUACAUCCCGACGCACCACAGCGGCCUACGUAUUAGUGAGAUCAUGGAACGCGAAGAUGGAGCUCAACGAAAACUGCCCAUCCCGAUGGUGCCAUCAGCUGUCAAGGUCAACGAUCUCCUCAACAACCCCAAUGGCUUCAGCAGCGGUCAGUCCAGCACUACCGGCAGCAUAGCCGGCGACAACUCGAAUUAA